AUGAGCCCGUUGGCGUACCGACGUGGGUUACGGGAGGAUGUAUGCGCUCUUGCAGAAGGGCGGCUGAUCGGCAAGCUCACGGCAGCUGGGCAUGAGAUCCCUCCUGGCAACGAGAUCAGGAAACCGCAUGAGGCUGAGGUGAUUGGCGAUGAGGUGGAGGAUAAGGAGUGGAGAGCGGAGAUGGCCAAACGGAUGCAUAGGCUGGAGGUUCGCAAUGAGGGUCAGGCAGUGGCUAUUGCCAAGCUUGAGAGGCAAUUGCAUGAGCUGAUGCUGUCCCGUGCUCCGCAGCAUGGCAUUGACGGUGAGGCUGCAGGGGAGGGACAUGGUAAUGAGGCAGGGGACGGUGGAACUGGUGAACAGGCAGGUGUGGAAGACAAGGACAGUAUGCGUGACGGUGUUGGGAAGGGUGAUAUGGUUGACGGUGCGAGGAGUAACAGAGCGAAAGUGGGGGUGCGUGUUGAGGGUGCUUGA